AUGGGAAGAAUUAUUGCACAUGAUAUUGUAGUUCAUUACAUGGGAAACACUGUCAGAAUUCCAAAUGUCGAUCCAAAGAACUACCAAUAUAUUGACCUUCUCGGUGAUGUUACUGAUAAGGCAAUGAAUGAUUUGCCUGGAAAUUUGAACAUGCUUGUGCAUAUGAAAUGUGCGAUUCCUAGAACAACAAGCUUUAUGGACAUCAGUAGUGACAAAUCAGUAUCUGAUAUGUUCAAACUUCAUGAGCAAGAUCUUGUUAUAAACUUGUACUUGCUGCACCUGGAUAUUAUUCCUACUACAGAGGAGAAUAUGGUAGACAAUAGGAAUAACCAACUUCAGGAUGCACAGAAAGACAAAGGAAUCGAAAAAACUCCUAUUCUUGUAGUUGACAGUGAGGGUGAUGAUGAGAUUUAUGCUUCUAGUUCUGAUGACUCUUGGAAAGAUGACAUGGAUAGUGACUUAGAAGAUGUCAUAGCUGAAGAUAGGGCCUUAAUUUCUUCCAGUGACAAGGAGGAAAAUGACUUGUCUGAUUAUGAGGAGAUUGAGGAUGCACAGGUUGGGCCUGAUUCAGAAUCUGACCAAGAAUCAGAUCCUUUGAGAGCAAUCAUGCUGUCAAAAAUGUGGACUUACAAUCCAAGAGAGGACAUUGAGUUUGAGAAAGGAAUGCUAUUUACUAAUGUGGAUGCAUUUAGAGCAGUGUUAAAAGACUAUACUAUUCAAAAAGGAUUUCCAUUGGUGAGGUUGAAAAAUGAAAAGAGCAGAUGCACUGCUAAGUGUGGAGCUGAGGGUUGUAAUUGGAGGAUUCAUGCAUCUCCAGUUGCUGAUACAACCACAUUCAUGGUUAAGACAUAUACACCUGAGCAUACGUGUGUGAUGGAUAGGAAAAACUCAGAAGCAACAUCAGAUUGGAUUGCAAAAAAAUUAAUUUCUGUUAUGAGAGAUCACCCAGAGAUGACAAGCAAGGGAGUAAAGGCUGAAAUGCAGAAGCAUGGAGUCUUGCCAAGUAGAAUGCAAAUUUACAGGGCAAAAAAGAAAGCCUUGGAACAAAUAGAAGGCUCACACAGUGAAGCCUAUGGAAGGUUACCAAAAUAUGCUGAACUUUUGAGGAUUAAUAACCCGGGAAGCAUCAUGAAAAUUCACUACGAUAGGCCAAACCUUCUUAUGGAGCCUAAAUUUCUGAGAUUGUUCAUAAGUUUCAAGGCACAAAGAGAUGGUUUCCUAGCAGGUUGCAGGCCAUUUAUUGGAUUUGAUGGCUUCCAUUUGAAAGUUUGUUUCCAUUAG